AUGGCUGAUCCACGUAUAAGAACGAUCAAAAUAAAAACAGGUGUUGUAAGAAGGUUAGCUAAGGAAAAAACCGUGUACGAAAGAGAAGCAGAUCAACAGAAGGUUCGCAUAGAAAAACUGAAAAGCGAAGGAAAAGACGAAUACAACAUCAAGAAGCAGGAAGAAGUACUGAAUGAGUGCUAUAUGAUGGUACCGGAUUGCCAACGACGUCUAGUAGUAGCUUACGAAGAGCUGAAGAACAUCUUGGAGACUGAGCAAGAUUUGAAAGAUACUGAAGAUUAUUUGGCGGCUCAGAAAGUAUUGGAAGACGCUAAGAGUCAAUUACCCAAGCCCGGCGAACUGCACAUGUGUUAG